ACUUUGCCCAAAGCCAUCAAAAUGCCUCAUUCUGUGUCCCCAGGAAAUUCGCCCAGUCAAAGAAACGAUGACGAAGUUAUGCCUGAUGCUCCCCCAACAGACUCUGCAGCACCAGCUGCGGAGAACGAGACUUCUGGAGUGAAGUUGGAGGAUCUAUUCAAUGAUGACGAUGAUGAAUACCCAGCUUCCAGUGCACCAGAUACUAAAGCAGAACCAUCAUCGGCGCCAGAAAUUGGCGACUCUGUUCCCCCACCGUCCCACGUCGAUAUGGACACAAUGCUUGCAUUCUACCAACGUCUAUUUCCAUUUCGGUAUCUAUUCCAGUGGUUGAAUCAUGGGAUAAUACCUUCUCCCGACUUUGGCAAUCGUGAAUUCGCCCUCACGCUGCAGAACGAUGCCUACCUGAGAUAUCAAUCAUACACAACCGCAGAUUUAUUCCGUAAAGACAUACUGAAAAUGAACCCUUCCCGUUUUGAAAUUGGUCCUGUUUACAGCACCAACCCCCGGGAUCGCAAAACCCUGCGAGGUGGCCAGAUGAAACCCAUAUCCAAAGAACUAGUAUUUGAUAUUGAUUUGACCGAUUAUGACGAUAUCCGUUCAUGCUGCGAAAAGGCCAACAUAUGCGCAAAAUGCUGGACUUUUGUUACAAUGGCGAUGAAGGUUGUUGAUACUGCUCUGCGAGAGGAUUUCGGCUUUGAACACAUCAUGUGGGUUUAUUCGGGUCGACGUGGUGCUCACGCUUGGGUGUGUGACCCACGUGCUCGAAACCUUCCAGAUGACCGGAGAAGGGCGAUUGCCGGCUACCUGGAUGUGAUACGAGGAGGGUCCCAAAGUGGCAAGCGCGUGAAUUUGAAGCGGCCUCUGCACCCGCAUUUGGCCCGUAGUUUGGAGAUCUUGAAGCCUCACUUUGCCCAAACGACACUAGCUGACCAAGACACCUUUGUUAGCUCAGAGCAAGCGCAACGUCUUCUCGCAUUACUCCCCGACAAGUCACUGAACGAUGCGUUGCGGCGGAAAUGGGAUUCAUCACCCGACCGUUCAAGUACAAGCAAAUGGGCUGACAUUGAUGCGCUUGCCAAAACGGGAAAAAGCAGCAGCCUCAAUACUUCCUCUCUGCGUGAUGCGAAGCAAGAUAUCGUCCUCGAGUAUACAUACCCUCGUCUCGAUUCCGAAGUCAGCAAAAAGAUGAUACAUUUGCUCAAAAGUCCUUUCGUUGUGCAUCCCGGCACAGGUCGUGUCUGUGUUCCUAUAGAUGCACGGAAGGCUGAACAAUUCGAUCCCCUCUCUGUGCCCACGGUCAUGACAUUGUUAGCAGAGAUUGACGCUUGGGAUGCGGAACAUCCGGCGGGUAGUGCUGGCACUGACGCCGUCGAUGGGGAAGGAAGCGUGCCCAAUGAUUCCGAUGCCCGAGGUGGUCGCAAGCUACAGGACUAUGAGAAGACGAGUCUGAAGCCGUACAUCGACUACUUCCGUUCAUUUAUUGCUGGCUUGCUCAAGGAGGAACGCAAUGGUAAGCGUGAGCGAAAUGACGAUGCUGCGGAUGUCAAAUCCGAGAGCAUGGAAUUCUAAGGGUCUCUCUCCUAAACGAUUGGAUGGUUCUGCAAAUUUUAUUUUCAUUUUGAAGCGGGUUUUGGACAAGUCUUUUUUUUUUUUUUCUUAUCACAACCAAGGCGUUUGGAGGUUCUGGAUCUAUGCAUAAAUGCAAGCUGCGUAUAUUUCUUAAUCAAUCCCAUUGGAAACCUCAGGUAGCAACAACACCUGUCUGUAACCAGAUUCUCACG